CCCCUGGACUGCUUUUUGGUGACCUCUAACUCCUCGCCCGGCUGCCUUCAGCGCUUCAUACGCUGUGAUUGUGAAGCAUUUAUACGGCUCUCAAUCUCAACGAGCGCAGACGCCGUGUCGUGACUCCUACGGGGCAGCACCAGGGGCGCCAGCACCAGCACUGCGCCAAAGCACUGCCAAAAACCGCGCGCGACAUCGCUCGCAACCGUCGGCGACUCGGCUUCAACCCUCGCCACACUGUCAGCAGGAUCGCAAGACCGUCCUCACAGCAGAAAUGGCAGCACCCGACGCCGCGCCCGCGCCCGUCGCGGUCAAGUCAAUCAAAGGAGAAAAAAAAAAGCAAGUGCGCGACGCGACCGCCGACCUCUACGCCCAGCACGCGCCGACGACGCCCGACGGGGCCAUGCGCGCCAUCUGGCAGAAACCGUCCGAGAUAAGACGCCACGAGCGCGAGCUGUUUAAGAGGUUUGCGUCCGACGUCAAGCCCAAGGAGACCAUGGGCCUCUCUCCAAAACACGCGCCGUUAUCAAACUGCUACGGCUGGACGCAGAGCCGCGACUUUGUCAUUGUUGUUGUUUGGUUGCAGGGUCCUUCGGAUGAUGUUACUGUGGAGAUCAAUAAUAAUAAAAUGCUGGUGCAGACCGAGGGCUAUACGCCAGUGAUUGAUCGACAACUCUUCUCCCAGGUAGAUGAGAGAGUAGACGUCGAGACUGUCGCGUGGGACAAGCUUGAUUUAAUGGCCCUCAAGCUUACUAAGAAGGAUACAGGAAUCAUCUGGGACGCGUUAUUUGCGGGCGACUGGCGCUUGUUACGGGCGGUCGACGCGGCGUCGUACGAGGCUUUGCCCGAUCCUAGCGACCCUCUGACCUACUGCAUCUCGGUCUUCGUGCCCGAGCACUGCUUGCGGAGCGACAUCGACGUAGACGUCACGGCGCAGUACGUUUCUGUACGUAUAAGGGAAUGGACGGAAUGGCGAAGGCACUUCAAGUACCCCUGCCGCGCCACAGAGGCCGUCUGGGAGCUGGGCUGGGAGAAACCGAUCGAAGAGGAGCAGGAGCAGCGAUGGUCGGUCGGCGAGGACGCCUACCGGCCCACGUCAUUACAUAGGCGGCGCCGCGUCGUGCAGAUCACCGUGGGUUUUGCGGACCUGCCGCGGAAGCGUGUCGUGUACGACCGCCGUCAUGGCGAGCUCGUCGAGCUCGGGCUUGAUAGUGAUGUGAAGGACGCGCCACCGUCGGCGUUCCGAGCGGAUGUGAUAGAUGGCGACCUCGCAACUAGAACGUUGUUCGUCGAGCACGAGGACGGCAUGCUCUGCGGCGCCGUCGCCGAGGUCGCUUCUCAUUUAGACGCGCCGGAGGCGUACCCUUUGCCAAGGUUGUCGGCCGUGGCCCAAGCUCUCUUAUCUCACAUCCCCGCCGCUGAUAGAAACUUAUAUGAAUUCGGGGGUGAAAAUCAGGUGGAGCCCGUCGACCAGUGGCGCGCCGCGGCGUCGUAUGAUGCCGAGCUCGCGUGGUGCGAACGCGUGGGGCGCGACUUUGACAACGGCGACGAGCGUCGUAUUGAAGAGGAAUCAGAGGACGAGGACACGGUCGUCGUCGAGGAGCUCCCGCCGCCGCCGUUGCAACGUCCAAAAUGCGGCAUGCUCGGCGCCGAGCCCGUGCGCGUCCUCACAGGAAGGCGUGCCUCUGAGAAAGCCUGGCCGCUGACGCGGUCCCUCGCUUCAGGUAGAGACGCGUGGCCCGCUGAAAGAUUAGCGGACUACGCCUUCGACGCGGGCAAGAAGACUGUGAAAGUGUACGUGAGGGUGCCGUUCGCGGUCACUGAUGAAUCAGUGUUCGCCGAGUUCGACGACGAGCUGCGCCUCGAGGUCGUGGAUGUGGCGGCGUCGACGCGGUACUACUUCCGCGUCGCGCUCGCGCACGCCGUCUCCAAACAACACUGCAAGGCCGCGGCGAAGCGCGGCGACGUCGUCGUGACGCUGCGGAAAGCCGACCCCGAGGACGCCUGGCUUACUCUAGCGUCGACAGAGGUCGCGGGUAACUAUUUUUAA